ACCAUCAAUCAACCAUAACCACUCCUUACCAUUUAAUUUCUUCCUCUUUUGCAACUAACACUCCUUUGAAUGCUGUUUUCUUGCCUAAGAUAACAAGAAGAUUCAAAUCAAAGAAACUAUGGUGAUGCAAAACCAGAACAUUGAUUCCUCCAAAGAACUAUCACACUCAAAACUCACUAGUGAAUUGGAUAUAUGGAGUUCAAUCUUGAACCAAAAGAACAAAGAUGAAGCUUCACAGUUAAAAACUCCUCCUUAUAUUCACCCACUUGAGAAAAAAUCAAAAAAUUGGUUAAGUGAAAAGAGUCUCGAAAUGUGCACAGAGAGUCUUGGAUCAGAAACUGGUUCGGAUUGGUUCUGUUCUUCUUACACAUCUUCCUCUAAAGAUAAUAAUUCUUUAGAGGAUGAUGAAAAAUUGAAAGCAAAAGUGAAAAUAUGUGACGAUGAAAAUCCAAAACACAAUUAUUCUAUUAGGAAGAAAACAAAGAAACCAAGUUGUUUACCACCUCCACUUCCUUCACUCACAAGUCAAAGUCAACAUGGUCAAAGUCAACCACUCCAAAUGAGAUCCUACCGUGACAAUGGAAGGUUGUUUUUGUUCCUACAAGUUGUUUCAAUUCCUCACAACAAUUUCUUCGCUACGCGACAAAAUGGUCGUCUUAUUCUCACAAUUGCUAGUGAUGAUGAUGAUGAAGACGACGAAGAAGAAAAUAAUGAUGAGUGUGAGAAAUGUGAAAAUGUGGUAGAGAAAACACAUAUGUGUAGUUUAGAAUUAGUGGUGAAUAAGAAAAUUGAGUUAAUUAACAAGAGUCCAAAAUUGGUUCCUUUGUUAAACUUCUCUGACCAUUGGUCAGACAAAUUCAAAAGAGGGACCAAUUUUGAGGAUGUUCAACACGGUUCAUUGCCACGGUCAUUGCCUUUGAUCAAUGGUUAUGAAUAUUAUUGGCGAAACAAGGCUACUGGAAAUGUUCUACUAUCUGGAAACAUGAACAUAAAUCAAGGUUCAAAUGAAGAAUCACAAGAUUCACAACAGUUGUUUGUUUUGAGAGGGAAGAAUAAGGAUUACUUAGUUCACAAUUUGAAGUUUUGCAAGGAUUCUAGAACUACAAGGUCUUUUAUGUUUUGGGACCCAUGUUGUAUUGCUACCUGAUCAUUUUCUCUACUUUUUGUUCCACUCUUUUUCCUAUAUAGUUGUUGUCAAAUAAAACAAAAUGUAGAGGGGAGAAAAAUACUAUAUUUAUAAGAUUAGAUGAAUGACUUUAACAUUUUCAUAUA